AGCAGCGCUGCAUUACAUAAUCUCUCAUCGAUGGUGUAAUCCUUCGCUUCAGCCUCUUGUUACAGCUUUACUGCGGUACUUUAUACAUUAUUAAUGGGUCCAAACAGGAUCUACAUCAGUGUGGGUUAUGCCACGUUCGGCAUGUUGGUGGGAUUUUCGGCGUUUAUCGCGUGGAAUGUGGUUUAUAAACAGCCUUGGACGGCGGCGAUGGGCGGAUUAUCAGGAGUUCUGGCACUCUGGGCAUUGGUCACCCACAUUAUGUACAUUCAGGACUACUGGCGCACUUGGCUGAAGGGACUCAAGUUCUUCAUGUUUGUUAGUUCGGUCUUCUCCCUCCUGGCUAUUGCUGCUUUUGCCACCUUCAUAGCUCUAGCUGUUAUAGAAAAGCAGUCAAUAACUGACCCCAAGAGCUUCUAUCUAUCUGCCGUGUGGAGCUUCAUGACUCUUAAAUGGGCCUUCCUGCUGGGCAUGUACUCCUACCGUUACCGCCAGGAGUUUGCUGACAUCAGCAUCCUCAGUGACUUUUGAUUGGCUCCUUCAUCUGUAAUAGAAUUGUAGUUGCCAGUCUGUGGCUUCACCUGCCAAUGUGGAGAUGGAUGGAAGGAUGGAUCUCCUUUUUAAAACCGUCUUACAGCCUCCUUGCUCUCACAGAAAAGACUCAAAUCUCAGUCCUCCUUCCCUCAGAUCCGGGCCCUGGAGUUAGAAGUCAGUGAAUGUCUGUGAUCUGCCUCUUUCCUGUCUUUUUGAGUUAAUUGGAGGUUUUACAUUGACAUUGGACAAAGGUAUGUCAAGUGUUUCAAAGGAAGUGGAUACACUAGGAUGUGGUCACGGGUAGUUGUUACUUUACUCAGGGCAACUUCUCUCCAAAUGUCAGAUGUGAAAUGAAGGCUUUCCUUCAGUCAGAAAAAAGUGCAAAAAAUGUACAUUGUACAUUGUCAUUGGGGCAGUAGACCUUGUCUUUACCCCUUUAUAAGGGUGCAUAUUUGUUCCUGAGAUUGCUGAUGAAAUGCAUUCUUAUGGUAUAAACCAUUUUUGGAGAAUGUGGUCCAAAAGGCUCACUUUGAAGAGACUGCUGUAGUGACAAGGUACAAUUUUUGCACUUUUUUUCUUCUAAGAGUAUUGAAUGAGUGUAUGAUGAAGGAUUUGCACAGCUUUAUCUAGUGAUCUCAGCCAGCGAUGGUGGAAUUGACUGAUUUAAUGUUACUAUCGUUUUCAGACAUAGUGCUCUUUAUUAUUUGCCAUUGCAAUUGUUAUUUCCUUUUAAAUGUUGUUUAUACUGAGUUCUGUUUAUGAUUGGCUGUGUUCGGAACUGCAUACUACCAUACUAGUAAUUCUGCAGUAUGUAAACUAGCAUUUAAAAGUUAAGGUAAGUUU